AUGCGAAGGAGAGGUCACAAACCACGACAAGCCAGGGUAAAAUCUGCCUCCCGACGAUCCAAGAAGGCGGCUGAGCUGAAGAGGACAAGGUUGAAUCCUCCCACAACGACUACGACGACAAUCCCACCAGGUAUCACGGGUGUCGCUGCUGCUGAAGAGACUGCUGUGACCAGGAGUGGUGUUGCUGAUUCCAGUGAAGCUGACGAUAGUGAUGGUGGUACAAUCUUGCGUGGGACUGUGUCGCUGAUUGCAAAACUACAACAACAAAUGACGGGGGAUCUGGGGAGCAGCAGAGGGUUCCAGCCAUCUGCCACCCCUGAUCCGCUUUCUCAGAACCUGGGAAACAAAGCGUUAAAGUUCAAGGAGAGAUAUGACCGAGUGGACGAAACACAACAAGGAGUAUCACCAACCAGUCCACCCAGGCCGCGCGAUCACGACACCACGCCAAGAAAUGAGAUUGGUCCUGCACAGGCUAAGCAGGGUAGGGCAGGAAAGCUCGGUGGUCAGGCGGAGCCGAGGGACGCUCAGCGGAAGUUGGACGAGUACCGGGAAAAUCUAGCUCGACAUAUCGAGAGACGAGAGGCUCCUUUGAGAGGUGAGGCUCUCGCCAUACCUGGACCCGUUCGCGUCUCUCCUAUUCAGGAGGAGAUCUCACCACCGGCAAUGUUCCAUUCGUCCGGCUCAGACGUCACCCUGACAUCGUCUACCGAGUCCGGUAAUACCGUUCGAGGAGGAUAUACACCCGGCCCGGUGGCCGGCACGCCUUCCUAUCCGUUUCCUCGCAUGGCUCCUCCAAGUAUGAUACCACCAUCGAUACACCGGCCGUUCACGACGCUCUCGCCAACCGUGCCGCCCAAAGGUCCCCAGCACGGUUUUGAUAUCUUCAAAGGCCAGGACAGCUUUCUUUCGAACCCAUCCACCCCGGCGUCGGCCACCACGUUUCUGCCCCCAGGAUAUUCCCAGUCUACGGGAGAGCAGUAUGAGUUCCCAAGUCCUAACCUUUAUGACCUAACAUUGAUGCUUGCCGCGGAACCGGGACUGGAUGCGUGGUGGAACACGGUGGUGCAGAUCAUGGUUGAUGUGUACAAGGCUGAAAGGGUCACACUGGCUGUUCCAGCAGAUUCAACCGAUAUUGAAAACGUUCCAUGGGGCCAAAAGGCGACUUACAAUGCUCACAGGGAGGAUGUUUUAAGCCUGGGUUAUCUCGCCAAGGGGUCGAGUCUUAUGCCGAGCAGUGUCGACGAUCUUUCCGAAGGCCUUUCCCAUCCUCCAGAGUCACCGACGCAACAGCAGCAACCGCCGGCCCGCCCGGAGUUGCAAAGCAGGCAUUCCUACACUUCAUACGAGGACAGAAAGGAAGCACGCACUGCGGCCAACGAACGAGCGCCCCAGGCUGCCUCUCGACGACCUCAUUUUCUUUCUAGGAGCAAAACAAGUCAUGCGGCUCCCACACUCGAAGUUCAUGACGAUCUUGACGACCACAACACCACUGCUCUGAACCGGCAGGCUCUGGAGGAACACGAUGCAUUGGAGGAACAACAGCAACAGGAUAUUCCAAGCUGGGAGGCGCCCAUUACAGCGCCGAGAAAGGGCAAUGGCAAAAUCUUGAAUGUCCUGCAAGCGCUUGACUACGAGGCCGACCCUUUGAUCGAUCACAAUGGGGUAAUGAGGGUAUUAGAGCGUGGCCGGGUUGUAGCGCUCACGAGGAACUACCCCUAUCUUGCUCCAGGGUCAGCAGAGUACAAAGUGCCAGAGCCCAAAACACCCGCCCGGCCAAAAUCCCCCGAGGGUACCCGCAAAUCUGGGAGAAGGCCUCGAUCUGAUUCUGCCUCCAAGCUUUCGUCGCUUCUCAGUAGCGCUACCACCUUCUCGCCAGCCGUGAACAGAGCUCCCAAAGUCGGGUUGGACAAGAAGGGGUCUGGGGCUGGGUCCCGGAUGGAUGAAGACAGGCCAAAAGCAGCCAACCCACGCUACGAGGAAUAUGAGCAAACUCCGCCAUCACCCUGGUCGCAGUCCCCAGCCCCCUCGCCUGCGGUGCGGGCUGAUCCUAAUGAGAACCCGUUCUUCACCGACGCCAUGGUGGACGAGGACUCUUUCAAUCCUGCCUCUGCUCCUGUGGACUAUACGGACAUAAGGCCGCCCGAAGCGAUCGGGAUGGAUAACUCAUGGACUGUGCUGCACAUUCCCCUGACGCACGUGCUCCUAUCCAAACCGAAUCCGACCUUCAAGCUUGAUCCUUCUCUUAUGGAGCAGAAGAUAUCCUCGCGGAACAGAUCCGGGGAUGCUUCUGCGAUUCCCAAUUCCUCACCGGAAAGACCUCCCAAGGAGAAACACGCGCCAAUCGCCAUCCUAUCGAUUCUGAGCCCCAUCAUCCCGUAUCCUUCCAACUUUCGCCACUCUCUCGACCAUCUCGCCCCCCAUCUCGCCACAUCCUUCUCCUUGUGUCGUCACUACACGAACCUCGAGAUUGAGCUGAAUGGGCUGCAAAAGAGGCGGCCACAAACCGCAGGCUUUGGCGCUCUGGGUCCAGAUGGAAGACCACUUGCCGACCCGACUGCCCUCGCUUCACUGGCGUAUGCCGAGGACGCAACUAGAGGUUCGUUGGCCGGCAGUAUCACCAGUCCAAGUGACUACUCUGGGCCUUCUCGUAGUACGGCUGGCUCACCAGCAGGAACUCCCGGGUGGGAGCCAACGGCAAUGGGAUUGUUGAGGGGUGGACCUACUGCCAGCCCUGCCCCAGUGAACGCAGACAGCUACUUUAGCUCGGUAUCGAAAAUGGGAGCUGGGACUCAGCGUCCUACACGGGACUCGAGAGAGGUUGAGAAGAGAUCAUCAUCGAGACUGUCGGGGGGCAAACAAGAUGCAGCUUUGCUCAGCCCAGGACAGCCUGAGGUGAUCGAUGGUGCCCGUCGAAGCUCGGAAGAAUCCAGGAGGCCGGGUGCCAAAGAGCUCAAGGAUUCCUCCAAUGAGAAAAUCAAUGCGGGGGCGGGGGAUAAGAAACAACAGCUUCCUGGGACUCCAGGGGCAGCCCGUCCCCAUACCCAGCUUCACUCGUACGGUGCCGAUUUUGCGGCUACUUUUCAGUCUCUUCCUCCGAGCUCCACCAUUAGCAGAGGCUCUGGCUCGGUAGCAGCACCUUCGAGGGCCGGGUCGUUGUCCCAGGGCGAGAUGACACCGCCGUCGGACAAGCUAAAAGGUCUCAUCUUGGACUCUUUACCGGCUCACGUCUUUGUCGCUCUCCCGCAAACAGGUGAAAUAGUGUGGGUUAACAGCAGGUUCCUUUCGUAUCGGGGCCAAACAUCUGGCGAUCUAGCGGCCGAUCCCUGGGGGAGCAUACACCCUGACGACCGGGACGAGUAUCUCAAGUUCUGGAGCCAGUCAGUAAGGACAGGUGAGCAGUUUUCGAGAACAGUGCGCAUCCGGCGGUUUGACGGUGCCUAUCGGUGGUUCUACGCCAGGGCUGUCGCCUCCAAGGACAAGAGAGGUGUCAUUAUGCAGUUCCUGGGCUCCUACAUGGACAUUCAUGAUCAACACAUUGCGGAGCUCCGGGCUGCGCGUCAAGAGGAAAUCGAAGUGUCGGAAGCCAAGCAUCGACUGCUCGCCAACCUAAUUCCCCAGAUCAUCUUUACCGCCACCGAAGACGAGGGGAUCACCUUCGCCAACGAACAGUGGCUGUCCUACACGGGCCAAACGUUUGAGGAUGUCCUGGGUCUUGGCUUCAUGGACUUUGUUCAUCCUGACGAUCUUGCAAAGUGCCAAAUCCCCCCGGAGAGGUCACCAAGUCCUCUUUUCAAAAAUGAGAACAAAGGCCACGCGCACUCUAUCUCGAUUGACAGGAUGUCUAUCAAGUCUGCCAAAUCGACAAGGCCCUCGAGCACCGCCCCCGAUGCCAACAUUCGCGGCAUCCACCAGGCGCUGUCCCGACAUAACAGCUCGAGCAGCGGUUCGGUCUACGAGCUCUCGACUGCCAAUCUUACCGAGCUUGCCAGGAAGGGCGUGAUUCGCGUUUCGACCGACAGCAGCGGGCGGCUCUCGUACACCACCGAGAUACGGUUGCGCUCUAAGAGCGGCGAAUACCGGUGGCAUCUCGUACGCUGCGUUGAGAUCGAUAACGUCGACUUUGGUAAUGGUGUCAGUUCCUUCUUUGGGUCGGCCACGGACAUCAACGACUUGAAACUGCUCGAGACGAAGCUGAAGGAGGCUAUGGACUCAAAGAGUCGCUUCCUCAGCAACAUGUCUCACGAGAUCAGGACGCCUCUCAUCGGCAUAUCCGGCAUGGUCAGCUUUUUGCAGGACACGACACUGAACGAAGAGCAGCGCGAUUACACCAACACGAUCCAGACCAGCGCCAACAGCUUGCUGAUGAUUAUCAACGACAUUUUGGACCUGUCCAAGGUGGAUGCGGGGAUGAUGAAGUUGAACUUUGAGUGGUUUCACACCCGGUCGCUGAUCGAGGAUGUGAAUGAGCUGGUGUCGACCAUGGCCAUUGCAAAACGUCUGGAACUCAAUUAUGUUGUGGAAGAGGACGUUCCGGCGUGGGUCAAGGGAGACAAGGUCCGUAUCCGCCAGGUCCUGCUCAAUGUCAUCGGCAAUGCUAUCAAAUUCACCAGUCAGGGGGAGGUUUUCAGUCGGUGCAAAGUCAUCGUCCCUGAGGGUGUCGAGCUUGGGGAAGCUGAGAUUAUGCUGGAGUUUUCUGUGAUUGACACGGGCAGGGGCUUUACCAAGCAGGAGGCUGAGCUGAUCUUCAAGCCCUUCAGUCAGAUCGAUGGAAGCAGCACUAGACAGCACGGCGGAAGCGGACUCGGGCUGGUCAUUUCGCGCCAGCUGGCUGAGCUGCAUGGUGGCACCAUGAACGGCACGGCCGUGCCUGGCAAGGGGUCCACGUUUACGUUCACGGCGAGAUUUGGGCUGCCGACUGACACGGACCAUCCCGAUGGCUCGGCGGUUCCUCAACCGACACCUGGGCUCAUGCGGGAGGUUAGCGUAAGCUCGACAGAGUCUGCCGUGCGGGAUUCCUUCCAGCAUGUGCAGGCCAUCAGCCCGCAGACGACAGACUCGGCAUACAGGUCACCGACCAUGGCUUCUAGUGGCAGCUCGGAGCUUUCCGGAGCCUCUGGUCGGACUCAAACUACCGAGAGGUCGUCGCUAUCUUCUGUCAGCGGACUGGCUCGUUUCAGUGAAGCUGCUCGAGCUAGUGGGCAGGACCUGUCGCAGAUGAAGUUGGAGAUGCCGGCCCACCGGAUAUCUCCAGGUACUACCCCGAUGCCCCUGGACUCGAAACGGUCAAGUGUUGCGGCCAACUAUCGCCCGCCCUUGUACUCUAUCUUGAUCAUCUGCCCACAAACGCACAGCCGGGAGGCGACUACCAAGCACAUUGAGCAGACGCUGCCCAAGGACGUCCCCCAUCAGAUCGUUGCGGUAUCAUCCGUGGAUGAGGCCCGCGGUUUGAUCGGUGGUGAUGAGUCGGUGAAUUUCACGCACAUUGUUGUCAACCUGCCCACGCCUGAAGAUAUCAUCAGUCUGAUGGACAGGAUUUCGGGAUCGAGCAUGCUGGGCAAGACCAGCAUUCUUAUUCUUUCGGACUCGGUCCAGCGACAGGCAGUCAUCAAGCAGGUAGCGGGCACAAAGUAUGACGACAUGCUCUCCGACGGCAAGGUGACGUAUAUCUACAAGCCAGUCAAACCGUCGAGGUUUGCCGUGAUUUUCGACCCGGGCAAGGAGCGUGAUCUGAGUAUUGAUCGGAACCGCUCGACGGCGCAGCAGUUGGUGGAAUUUCAACGACAGAGCUACGUUGAUAUGGAAAGGCGCAUGGGCAACAAGGGAUACAAGGUGCUGCUGGUGGAGGAUAACCCGGUUAAUCAAAAGGUCUUGUCAAAGUAUCUGAAGAGGGUUGGAGUGGAGGUGGAACUGGCGGCGGAUGGGGCCGAGUGCACUGAUAUGGUGUUUGGGAGGGGGAGGGGGUAUUAUUCGUUGAUUCUGUGCGACCUCCACAUGCCCAGAAAAGACGGGUAUCAAGCCUGCAGGGAGAUUAGAGCGUGGGAAAUUCAGCACCUGAUGGAGGACGAGAGGACCGGGAGGAGCUUUGUUCCAACAAACCAGAACUCAAACAACAAGAACAGGACGCUGCCGAUUAUUGCGCUCAGCGCGAAUGUCAUGAGCGACGUACAGGAAAAGUGUGUGGAGGCUGGGUUUAGCGACUAUGUGGCGAAGCCGGUGGAUUUUAUUAAUUUGAGCCAGGCGCUGUCCAAGUUUUUUUGAGGAAGGGAGGGGGGGAAAUAAGGGGAUGAUGGGAUGGGAGUGGAACAAGUUGGAAUUACUAUCAGGAAUUAUUCGAUUACAUUAUGGCAACACACAACAACAAGACAAGGGAAUGGGAGGGUUUUUUUUGGGGGGGGGGGAUCAAUGAUUAUCAUUAGGACAGGGUAUUUAUUUGUCUGGGCUUUUGGGCAGGUUUAGGCAAGGGAGGGAGCGAGGGACAGUUGGUGUAAAACUUUUUUCUUUGUCUUGAGUUUUUUUACAACAGGCAUAUCAUGAUGUUUUGUUUUAUUCGUUCAACCCUUUUUAUUUUUCUGUAUGCGUUUUUUUUUUUUUUUGUGUGUUAUAUGCAUGAUAUCCCAGGGUGUAUUUGGGUUUGGGGGUUUUUAGGGUUUUUAUUUAUGAUUGGUGUUUGUGUUAAUGGGGAGGAGAAGUUAAGAGAAAGGGGGGGUUGGGAAGGGUUCAAUUUCUUAUACGCUUUCUUCUUUUAAUUGUUAUACAUCCAUCCUCACUUACUUGCUUACUCACUUACUUACUUACCUACUUACUUACUCAUCAAUCAUCAUGGUGGAAAGAAAAACAUCGCUUUCAAAAUAAAAAAACGGGCAGGAAUUUGGCAAAAGAAAAGAAAAGGGAUGUACGUACCUAGCAUUAUAGCGUGUUUUUGGUGUGUGUUGAUUAGGAAACAAAGAGAGAUAUGAGCAUUGGGAUUCUGUUUUGAUGGGAUAUUUGUGUGUUUA